CCGCCGCCCCCCGCGCCCCGGGGGCAGCGCCGCCGCCGCGCUCCCCGCAGCCCCCGCCUCGGACGGAGUAUCCAGAGAGUUGCAUCUCAUCCGAAAGAGAAAAAAAGUGAACGCAUUCCUCCUGGCUUCUUUCCCCUACAGAUGUAUUUGCCAAGCUCCAUGAUUCAUACGGUAAACUCAGGAGAGCUCUUUUGAAGGUUGAUAUCAAGACCUUUCCAUCAACUCACCCACCAGAAAAUUUCUUCAGAGUUUCAUUUCAGGCCAACAAAAUGUUUUUUUCCAAGUGGUUGGCAGUACCUCUGUGAUCACUAGAGUGAAAGGUCAUUCAUCUGUCCUCAUCUGGAUGACUGAUUAUGGCAGAUGAAAUCAAGACUCAGGCACUAAUUACAGUGCAACAGGAAAACCAGAGAAGUUACCUCACCAACAUCUUUCCAGAACGAUUUACUGCUUGUUGGCUUGGCCAGUCCUCUUGAGAACACUCAUUCCAGCUGAGUGCUGUAUUCAAAUAGCCAUGUGUCUUUCUUGCCAUAGGAAACAAAGAUGAGUGUUACAGCCAGCUGCUCCGUGCAUCCCCGACCUUCCAAGUCAGAAAGGACUGACCUUGUUUCAUUGAUCUACCUCCAAAAGAGGAUUAACGACUACAACCCAACAGAAAGGAAGUUCCCUCAAACAAAUUAUGACAUCGACAUCUAAAGGAAUUUUCCGGCCAUUUUUGAUUAUCUUCAUUGUCCUUGGUUGUUUCAUGGCAUUUUUACUUAUUUAUAUCAAACCAACAAACAGCUGGAUCUCUGGUCCUAUAGAAUCAGCCAGCUCAGUUUUGAAAAUGAAGAACUUCUUUUCUUCCAAAACUGAUAAUUUUAAUGAAACAACUAUUUUGAUCUGGGUUUGGCCAUUUGGUCAGACAUUUGAUCUAACAUCCUGCCAAGCAAUGUUCAACAUCCAUGGGUGCCAUCUGACUAUUGACCGUUCACUAUACAACAGAUCCCAUGCCGUUCUCAUUCAUCACAGGGACAUCAGCUGGGAUCUCACUAAUUUACCUCAGCAAGCUAGGCCACCAUUCCAGAAAUGGAUUUGGAUGAAUUUGGAGUCUCCAACUCAUACUCCACAAAAAAGUGGCAUUGAACAUCUCUUUAACCUGACCCUGACUUAUCGGCGUGAUUCAGAUAUCCAGGUGCCUUAUGGCUUCAUGAUGGUCGGUACAAGUUCCUUUACAUUUGAAGUGCCAAGUAAAGAAAACUUGGUGUGUUGGGUUGUAAGUAACUGGAACCCUGAGCAUGCUCGAGUCAAGUAUUACAAUGAGCUUAGCAAGUAUAUUGAAAUCCAUACCUACGGACAAGCCUUUGGAGACUAUGUCAAUGACAAAAACUUGAUUCCAACUAUCUCCACUUGUAAAUUCUACCUUUCAUUUGAAAAUUCAAUUCACAAAGAUUACAUUACUGAGAAACUUUACAAUGCCCUUCUGGCUGGAUCAGUACCAGUGGUACUGGGCCCUUCCAGAGAAAACUAUGAGAAUUACAUUCCAGCAGACUCUUUCAUACAUGUGGAAGAUUUCCUCUCCCCAAGAGAGCUGGCAGAAUAUCUUCUGAUGCUUGACAAAAAUAACAAGAUGUAUCUUAGCUAUUUCAACUGGAAGAAGGAUUUCUCAGUGCAUCUUCCCAGGUUCUGGGAAUCACAUGCAUGUCUUGCUUGUGAUCAUGUGAAAAGACACCAAGAAUAUAAGUCCAUUGGAAAUUUAGAAAAAUGGUUUUGGAAUUAAUUUUUUUUUCUUUGCGUGCACUUUUUGAAGUAUCUCAAAGAAUCCUUAGUCCAAGUGGAGAGGAAAGCAAAAGAGAAGAAAGAAGGAAAUGAAAACCUUAUGUCAGCUAUCCUUUCUUGGCUAUCCUAUUUAUAUUUUGUAAGAAAUUUUAAAAGAUCAUCAGCAACAGUCGUCAAUACUCAGUUUUAAAUUAUAAUGUACAUACUAAUUAUGUGCACUGAAUAAUAUUUUAUUGUUUACUAUAAUUUUUAAACAGGGGUUUUUCACAUUUUCUGUGGAAUAUGUCCCAGUCUUGCACAUAAAGUAGUCAUUUUUAACACUGUUCUUUUUACAUGAGAUUAGCUGUUUAACCUAUUUGGAAAAUGAAGACACAGCUCUUAAAAUACUAUAGAGAAUUUUAAGAACAUAAUUUGCUGUUCUAGUCUGAAAUGUCUGUAAUAUUUCAAAAGACAGUAAAGUUUUUUGUGGUCCAUCUUACAUUUUAAGAACACAGUAAAAUUAAUAUCUACCAUUAUUCCAGUGUUCACCCCUUUUUAAGGGUAAUGAAUUUAGAAAUAUAGUUUUAAAAAACUAUCACAAUAGUAGACAGUCUUUGUUUCUAAAAAGGAAGAUGAGUUUCCUAAUAAAUAGCUCCAUUAAGUUACUUCAGGAAUAUAUCUGUUCUUACCCUUCUAAGAAUAAAGAUGUCAGAUGUAGAGAAGGUGAAUAAUCUUAGUGACCGAAGCCCUGGUUCAUUCAGCUUUUGAGUACAUUUAAACUCAGCAUGUGCUUAAGUCCCAUUUUGUCUCAUGCAUUGUUUACCUGAGCCAGGGUUGUAGCUGGUAUUGAACUGAUGAACAAGUAAACAAAUGUUAAUAUAGUCAUUUGAUUACAUCAGCCUCAUAUAUAGUAUUCAGCUGGUAAUAAUGAGUUUUUGAAAAUAAACUGUUGAGAAGUUUUAGCAAUUUUUCUCAUAUAAUUUUUUGAAUAAUUGUGUAUUAUUCCCUAAUUCUUUAAAGGUUUGUUGAACUUUAACUGUAGCUGGGCAACUUGCUGUGAUGGCUGAUUAAUGUGGAAAAAAAUCCACUGACUCAGUGUUUUAUUUUCUGAAAGAAAAAUGCUGAAAUUCAGUCAACAUCAAGUAUCAGGCCAACAUAUUCAAUCAGUUAAGCUAUGGAGUUUUAUUUUCGGAAAAUAUGCUAUAUGACAGAUAUAAACAAAUGCACUCUUAAGAGCAGUAGAUGCUAUCAACAUUUGAGUAUAUACGUAUGUUCAUGAGUAUUUUAUUUGCUAUGAUAGCAAAUACUAAAAUGUGAUUUUGUCAUGUUUGUUUAAAAUAUGUAUGUUUUAACAUGUCUAUCAUUUGAUUUUAUUACUCUUUUCUUGCAGCAAGAUGUAAAUAUCUGACUGCUAUAUAGUCAUAGGUAUAAGGCUGGGUUAAUGUUAUAAAUGUAUGGAUAUAUUUUUGUACCAACUGAAAGCAAUUGGGUUUUUUAUGUCAAAAUGUUACAGAUCACAGCUCCUACUGAGUUGCAGUCAGCUCUGAGUCUUGUGACUAUUUUUGAGAUGUUCAAAAUCAUGAGAAUUCUUUUCUCAUUACCUUUCCUUUAAAAUAAAGAAAGAAUUAUAAAAGAAACUGAAGUACAAGAAUUGUUAAAAGGUAGAUACUCAUUGCUAAGCAUCUCACAGGAAAUCAUCAUAUAGUCCAAAGAGUUAACAGGUGAACGUUUGGUCCAAAUGGUUUAGAGUCUUUAGACUUUUCCCUAAGGAAAGGAAAUAGCACACAAAGAUCUCAAAGUAUGAAGGUGUAAGACAGUAGUGUCUUUUCUCAUUUAUUGUAAACAAAUACCCUGCUACUAACCUAAGGCCUGGAAAAAGAAGCGCAUAUAGGAAAGGACAAAAAUGUAAAAGUUUAACUGGAGAAAAAAAAUCAACUUAUGUGAUAUAUAAGACCUUGACCUAGCAAAGUAACUGAUCAGUUACUUAAGAUUAAACUUGCAGACAACUGUUCUGAAGUAAGGGAUAAGAGAUGAACAAUGAUAAGCAUUUAGCAAAUGAUAAGGCAAUUUUUCAGAUACCUCUUUUACCCCAGGCUGGAACACUAACACCAAAGCCUAUUAAGAGUAACUUAUUUCUGAAGUAGGAAACUGCACUGGAAUGAUUAUAGCAUUAUACCUGUACAUUCCCCAUGGCUUCAAAGGCUGUUUUCUGAUCCAGAUAUUUAUUUCUGCUAUAUUUAUUGUAUUCUUAGAAAGCUAAUUUACAAGAUACUGUGAACCUCCCAAAUUCAACAGCAUUUCAGUAUGAAACAAGAAAGAAAGAGCUUACCUUGCACAUUAAUGCACUAUAAUGAAACCCAGUCUUCUAAAAGCACAGGCAUGAACGUAAUAUGGUAUUUCUAUCAUUUUGAAGGCAAAUGUCUAAUGCCUAUAGGACAGAAACCAAGGAUAUUUUAUUACACUUUUUGGGUUUCAGGAGGGCUGUGAAAUUCUCAGUCACUUAAUAUGUCACUGCUUUGGCUGAAUAACCUGAUUCCCUUGAUGCUGGAAUUUGGAAGCUGUUUUCACUAAUCUCAGUGGAAGUAUAUUCACCCUCUGGUGAACGUGUACUAUCCCUUAUUUCAUUCCUCAUUUCAGAUAGCUGAAGUUGUGUUGUGACAAGGUCUUAUGUUAAACCAGACUGGUCUCUUGUCUUCAAGAUUCAACUCAUAAAUUCUCAUAUUAAUAAUAAGCACAAUAAUGAAAUGAGAAGAUAUAUGAUUGGUCACCACAAGUAUCAAUUUUAAAAUUUUGCAUAUAUUUAAAUACUUUCCUGCAUAGACGCUGGGAAUAUGGAGCAAAUACUUUCCUCCAUAGCCUGUAGGAAAUAUCGUUAAUUCUGUGACCACUGGAUCAGGUCAGCAUGGCUAAUCUUGUGCUGAACCAUGAAGAUAUUUGAAAGUCUUUUGCUAGAAUUGGGAACAGAGUUGAUCUCCUCACAGAACCUUCACAAAAGGCUUGUAUGAUACUUUGUAUUCAGGAUGCAUUGCUUAAAUUGUCUGAAAGAUUAAUAAAAUGGGAGAGAAAUCUAAUCCACAUUGAAAUGUCUAAGAAUCAUAAACAAAUCCUAAGCAAGUGACAUCAGGAAUGUCAGCAAGGUAUUAGGAUAAAGUGCAUGGGCUAGAAUAUAAAUGGUCCAGCCAUUUUGUGAAGUUUUUAGGAGGAGCUACAGGUAUCGCCAAGCCUUAAGCAGUUUGGGAUAUAAAGUAUUUUGCUGACAAAAGCUUAAGCAUCUUCAGGUAUGUCCAGACUAGGUGGUACCUGACAGGAAGCAACGGAUGUAACAUAGCUGGACUUCAUGCAUACAAAAAGGCAGUAAGACUAAACCUAGACACCUAACUCCCAGAAGAUUGAUUCCAGUCUGUAUAUGACAUUAAGCAUUGUGCUCCUUUGGUGAGCCCUCCUACACAAAUAAAUAGCAUAAAAAGACUCAAAUAGUAAAUCACUCAAAAGGAGAAUGGGCAAAACCAAUUAAUUUUGGAAGAGAAAAAAAACAUGGAGUUAAUUAAAAUAGAGAACAAGAUAUUGUUUAUACCUUGGUACCAUUGGCAAAAGAAGACAAUUGUACAUGAGAAAACAAAUGACAGAUGAGAAAUUACAUCCAUUCUGACUGUUUUCUCAACAGUUUUAUUUCAGACAUUCAGCUUAUAUUAUGCGCCAGCCCGCAAUAAUCUAGGGGCACAUUCACUAGCUACAAGUUAGUUCUGCUGUCAUUGCAGUAUGGCUUAAUGACAUCUUCUGCAAUGCUGCAUUUUUCAAGACAGAGAGUAAUCAUUAUACUUUCCUUACAAUGCCUUCUUUUGGACAUUUUUAGUCUCUCUGUCCUGCACUGAGCAAUCAACAUUCCUGUCUUUAUCAGUGCAGAAAAUAAGAACCAAAACAGAUAAAGUAUUAACUGCAGAUGCAUUACCAGCCCAUUGAAUGUGAACAGACAUCUGACAGCAGAUCCUUCUAAAGCAGACUUUUCCUUUCAUUUCACAGACAGUCAAUAACCACAGCAGCUCUUGCUCUAUAUGAGAUCUCCAUUCCUUAGAGGCUCAUGGUUGCCAGUUUCUUUGAAUGCCUCUUGCCAUCUGAGAUGGCUGUAAUCACAAUGAACAAGCAGCCUGAGUGAGGUUCACACAAUGUGCAAGACACAACCAGCAACAUAUUUGUCUUUUAAGAAUCAGAUCAGAUAAAAUGAAUAUUGCGCUGAGAGAGCAUGAAUCUAGGGAUUUUUAGAGCUCAUGCAGACUGAACAAGACGUGUGAAAUUGGCAUUACUGAGCACAAAUAACUAGUUACUGUCUCUAGCUACUCAUCUUUGUUCCUCAAAAUGGGCUUUCAGGAAAAAAAAAAGUACCAUGUAAUUCUCUCCCACCUCCAAUCAGCCCAGUAUCAGUUAAAUAAGCUAAAACUGCUGCUGAUUACUCAUGAAUGGCAUUCAUAUUGGCCUUGUAUUACCUCUUCUAUUAGAUUAAAAAAAAAAAUCUAGGGGAGAGAAGUGAAACUUGUCAGUAAGCUGAUCAUAUUUCAUGUCUGAUAUGAAGAAUCUUUAUCUUAUCUUUUUCUCUCUCUCUCUCUCUCUCUCUCUCUUUUUUUUUUUUUUUUUUUUUUUUUUUUUUUUUUUUGUCUUUGAGGUAAAUCCUUCGUUCUUGUGCAACAAUGCCUUUUGGACUUCAUUCAGGAAAGACUUUAAGCACAUGCUUACGGCCAUGAGACUCAAGCACAUGCUUAAAUUUAAGAGCAUCUUAAAUGCUUUAAUGUAUUGGGGCUUCAAACAGUACAGUUAUUGUCUUUGGGAACUGAGCCAGAGAACACAGCCUCUAGCACAGGCUAGUUCAUGUGACCUCUUUUGCAUCCCACUGUCCAAGGGGAGUACCCUGUGAGUAGACUGGCUGCUCCAAGCAGAAAACUAUUUGGACUCAUUCUGGUUUAGUGCCUAUUCAGCAGACCUUGAGCCUACUCUUCUGCUUCAGCAAACACUAUGUGCCACCAUCACCUCCUGUACUCUGCUCACAGCACGGUACUCUACUUUACAGCCUCGCUAUGCUGUGCAUGGUAUGUGCAUUUGGAUGUGUUAUAAGGAGGUGAGAGGAGCCAAGACCUGCUGAAAUAGUAUUUAAGAGGACUUUGCUAGGAAGAAAGCAUAAAACCUCGUCACAUCUAUGUAUGUUCAGCCUGGACAAAGCGCACUCUGGGGAGGAUGAGUCUCGGCCUUGCCAGAAUUUCCUCUUGGAGGGAAAUACCUGGUUCAGUCCAGGUGGGACUCUGGGAGUGAACAACCACAUGCACAAAGUGGGAACAGGAGGUCCAAGGUCUUGGAGAGACUGGGCACAUUAGUCUGUCUAUGCAGACUGGAGAUGCUUAGCUAUCUUCAGGGAGGCUUCUGACCUGUUUAAAUCUAGCGAUGAAAGUUAAUCAUAUAUUCAAGUGCUUCCUUGGUCAAAAAUAGUAUGCUAUUCAGAAGAGAAUCAAGGUGAACUAUUUGUUUAUCUGUAGGCUGGUGGGCUUUUUUAUGAAUAUUGGCUGACAGUUCUGGCUGUUUUUUUUAAUAUAAGUGAUUUUGAAAUGUUAGAUGGAAACUAAGAUAAUUCGUAUGAUUCAUACAAAAUAGCUAUUUCAGCCUCAUCUUUUACUCCUCACUUAGGCAAAUCUCCCAUUGGAGUCAGUAGGUGACUUGGGAGAUCCCCAAGUCAGGAACACAGAAUUGGGCCUAGAGCAGAAUGGUUUCAGCAAGAAACAGCCUUCUUAUUUGUGGAUAUUUCCGUUCUAAAAUGUGAGUAAAUAGUUCUAGUGGUCUUGCCAAUUCUACCUUCAGAAAAAUCAUUGCAAGAUUCAUAUUGGUUAGAUAUGUUCAUAAAAGCUACAGAAAUGUCAAGAAAUUGAUUAAAUAAAGCAUGCAGUAAUAAUUUUAAUUCAUAGCACAAAUGUCACAGAAUGAUACAGAUGAUAAAACUAUAAAUUCAUGAGAAAUAAUUAGACCUAGAGACAUCACACUGCAGUUUCUGUAUUGGAAAAAGUGAUUUAAUUACUCUAUUAUAAAGGUAAUUAAUUGGGAAUCUUCUAUGUUGCCAUAUUCUCUAUGCAAUUAACUGAAACCAAGAGUCUCUGUGCAGUGGAUAGUUCAGAGAUUUGGUCAUGUGGCACAGAGCCCUUCACCUCUAGGUUAACAGCCUGAAUUACGAGUAGAUUGGUACAGACAGCUGUUUGGCAAUCUCUAGUAGAUGAUGUGGUGAUCUCAGUCCAGUUCCUCAUGGACUGAUAGCCACACCACAGAAACCUUCAUACCACUAGCACUGUCAGUAGCUUCAGCCAAGGAGGCAAAGAACUGAACGGAGACUCAUCUGAUACCUUCCCUUAGAGCCCAGGAUGAUUUAAGAAGCUCACAGUCCUCCUGCCUGUACCCUGCCUGUUUGGAACACAAGGCCUUGGUGUUCUGAGUAAAAUAACAGAGCAUUGGCAUUUUUUAAAGCAUGGUGCCAGGCUGAAUGGAUUAAGUAUUCAUAGCUGUGGAAAUUCUUCAUUAACUUUGCUAAGUAAAUAAUUAGUAAGAAAAUUAUUAAAUUGUUGCAAAUUGGCAGCAAAAGCAAUUGUUUGUUAUUCUUUAUAUGGAUUAGCCCAGUGGAAAAUAGGCUUUGAUGAAACCUUAUACACCCCUGACUUGAGUCUGAAUCCAUAUAUAUGCAUGCAUAAUAGCAAAUUUUGAAAGAUAUAUGGUCAACCAGCACUUAUAUAUAUGAAGUUGGGAUAAAGUUCUUCCCAUAGAACCUUGAAGCUAUAACCAACCACUUUAGCAGUCAAAAUGUUCCCAUUAAUCCUUUUUCUUAUGACAUGGUAUGGAAAGUCAGUCUGAUAUAUGCUGUUUGGCAAAUAAAUUAACACUAAAAUCUACAAUUUCCUUUGCUCUUUUGUUUUGUAACACAUAUGUUCUAAGAGAUGAGAUUAAAAAGCAUGGAAAGUUAACUCCCUUGGUGCAAUUUAAUGUUUUAGAGAUGCAGUGGAUAUACUAAAGAGAACAAAGUGAGAGUUUUUCCAUCUAUACAAAAUCCUAAUGUGCCAAACUGUUUCCACUGAACAAGCAAAACAGUUAAACAUAAUGACUUUUUAUUAGGAUUUGCAAAAUCUUCUAUUAACACACUAUAAUUUUGCACUAUUUUGUAAGAAAAGAAAAAAGGAAAAAGAAAAAAGGAACUGAAAAAGAAACAAAAAAAUUUUAACAAAUCUAAAAACAGAUGCCAAAUGUAUAGUUUGUAAAAUACUAUUUUUAUGAUAUAAGGUGUCAUCACAUUGUGAAUUUAACUGUGUUAUUGUAAACUGUGAAAAUGUGAUGUACGUUUGUGACACAGCCUAUCAAGGGCCAUUUCUAACACACAGAUUAGUCAUCUGGACUUGUUGAUAUGAAACAUGUUCAUAAAUCUGAGAUCACUUUUAUACUUAUUUUUUGUAGACUAUUUUUCCACAUUUACAACACAACUGUUAUUUUAUAUCAAACAUUGAUUUUGCUUUAAAAUAUUAUUAGAGUAGGUGGGUGGAUGUCUUAAAUGUGCCAGAGAUCCAAAACUGUAACAAAGGUAAUUCAGAAACUAUUCUUUGCCAAACUGUAAUGCUGCUAAAAUCCAAAAUGUUUUGUUGAAUAAGCAGGCAUACUGUCAAUAAAUGAUAGCUUCUGUUCCAUGGUAAUAGUGAUAAUAUUACAUUUGUUAGGAUAAAUGCCUGGUAGGUAUAAGCUGCAUUUCCCUUCUGUCUUUCUGUAUGUUGGGGAAACAAUACUGGGUGCCAUAGUUGAAUGUCAUAGAUAUUCAGCCACUCUCAUAAUGUGCCAUAGACUUGACAUCCAAAAUAUAUUGAUGAGAAUUACGAGAAAUACCUGCGGUUUGUCCUCAUUCAAACCCACUUUCUCUGUUGGGUCACCUUAACAUGGGUGGUUGACGCACAGGACUGGCAUGAUCUCAGUAAAGGCAGUAAGCUCUAAGUGUAGAAGUAUGGGCCCGCAUUUAUUGACCUAGAACAAGAUCAGAAGCACAGUCCCUCUCUCAUGUAUUUCAGCUUACACAUAGAGCAUUGAAUGGGAUCUGAUGUGAACCUUUGCUUCAUGUUCUCAGAUAAUGGUAUUCCUUGUACUGACAACUUAAUCUUUUAUGUUUUAUAUAUAUUAUAUAUAAUGCAUAAAUACAUGUAUAAGAAGUAGUAACUACGGAAAACUGGAUUUUAAUAAAAAUAAUGAAAGCCUGCAGGCACAUUUUAAGAUGUCAGGUUAGAAGGAGAUCUGGUAAAAAGCUGUAUUUUUAAUUUAUUAGUGAUUGUAUAUUUUGCCCCAUGAUCUAGACAUUUUAUAAUAGGCAUUCUACCAAACUUUCUGUGUUCCCUUUGAACAAUAUCAUCACCCUGAAAUGCAUCUGAAAAGUGUAGAGUUUAAACCACUGAUGUUUUUCAGUACUUUUUUAAUUUGACGUUGUUGUUAAAAUUUCUUCUGAUUACCUAGAACUAUGUUCACAGUUUUAAACACAAUUUGACUGCAGUCAGAAGAAGCCUACUGUAUGAAACUGCAGGUAACUGUAACCAUUUCAAGGACUUUCAUCAUUUAUGUGAAUUUAAUCUCUCAGAACUCUGAUUCCAACAUGGUUAACAAGCAGCUCACUGACUCUUAUUUAUUGAGCACUGGAAUUCUCCCCAAAGGAUAAACACUGAACCAUGUAAAUAAUAGCGCUCUAUAUAUGCCUAACAAAUUAUUGUAAUAGGUAUAUUUAAAAUAAAAGGAAACAUUCUAAGUGUA